AUGAAUAUGCGUGUCGAGUUGCAAAAUGACCAAUCUGGAGAUAAAUUCUCUAAACAACUCAUUGACAUUGGUUAUGGCAAACUUCCUAUAGACAUGUUGACUGGCUGCAUUAACUUUCCUCAAAGUUUUUGCGAAUUGAGGAUAUAUACAUCAGUUGAUUCGGCUACUAACCAAGAUUAUGUCGUCAACUGUCCACCGGAAUUUUUAAACUCGCUGGAUUUGCCAGGAUUGCCACCUCACAAUCUUCAAUUAAAGGUUGGAUCGGUAGUUAUAAUGUUGCGAAAUAUCAACCAACAGCGUCUUUGCAACGGCGCACCGUUAGCGAUAAAAAAAUUACUGAACAACGUGAUAGAAGCAACUAUACUGAAAGGAAAAUAUAGAGGAGAUGUUUUGAUACCACGCAUCCCAAUGAUUCCGACUGAUGUACCAUUUGAGUUGAAAUGA